AUGCCUGCAGCAACACAAGCAUUGACCACGAAAGUGACAUCGGGGACUCCCUACCAACUUGAUGACAACCAGGUACUCCGAGCCUCGAGCGCACUUCUUCGUCAUAUCAAGUCUGAACAGAAAGACCAAGAAGAGGCAUCAACGAAGAAAACAUUGAUUGGCGACGACGAUGAUGAGUCGGAUGCUGAAGGAUCCCCUUCCACCAGUGAAUUAGUAUGGCUGGUCAUUACAACGAAGAAGCAUGUGGUCGACAAGAACCGCCUGAAGCCUAGCAAAAUCAGCAUUCCCAAUUCCUUGAACAAGUCUUCCUCUUUGAACAUAUGCCUUAUCACCGCCGACCCACAGCGUUCCGUUAAAGACAUCAUCGCUGAUCCCGCCUUUCCAUCUGAGCUCUCAUCUCGUAUCACCAAAGUUAUCGGUCUUACGAAAUUGAGGGAUCGUUAUAAGAGCUUCGAGAGCCGACGACAGUUGCUUUCUGAACACGAUGUAUUCUUGGCUGAUGACCGAAUCAUUAUGCGAUUGGUCGAGACCCUAGGAAAAGUCUUCUAUCAGUCAAGCAAGCGACCAAUUCCUAUCCGUAUCGAGCAGAUCGAGAAGGUCGACGGCAAACGCGUGAAGAAGGAUCCCAAGAGCAAGCCGUCCAAGGAUGAGCGCAAAGCUAGCUUUGCACCUCUACAGGUUGUCGCAAAAGAGAUUGAGAAGGCCUUGAACUGUGCGCCUGUUUAUCUUGCUCCAUCGACUACGACAUCAGUACGUGUUGGAUCUACCAAAUUUACGCCAGAGCAACUUGCAGAAAAUGUGAAGGCAGUUGUCAACGGUUUGACAGAAAAGUUCAUUACAAAAGGCUGGAGGAACGUCAAAGCUAUCCACGUCAAGGGAACCAGCACAAUGGCUUUGCCCAUCUGGCUCGCUGAUGAGCUGUGGUUGGACGAGACAGAUGUUCUAGAGCAGGAAGAAGAGAAGAAGGCAAUUGAGAACGACAAGAGCGGCAACAAGCGAAGAAACCCCGAAGAAGACGAUGCCGCCCGGGGACAAAGCAAGAAGACAAAGAAGAUCAAGGCGGCGGCGGACGAGGAUGAGGUUUCCCUCAAAGAGAAGCUCCAAAAGCGAAAAUCACAAGCUCUUGACGAGGGAAAGGCUCCUGUUAAAGCUACAAAGAAGAAAUAA